GCUGCGCCGCGCCGCGCCCGCCCGCCUCAGCGCUCUCUGCCCCCGCUGCCCCCGCGCCGCGCCUCGCCUCGCCCCCGCGGUCGGCAGGGAGGAGGAUGGCGGAGAGCGAGGCCGAGACCCCCAGCACUCCCGGCGAGUUCGAGAGCAAGUACUUCGAGUACAAUGGGGUGCGGCUGCCGCCCUUCUGCCGGGGGAAGAUGGAGGAGAUCGCCAAUUUCCCGGUGAGGGACAGCGACGUCUGGAUUGUCACCUACCCCAAAUCAGGCACAGGCUUGCUACAGGAAGUGGUAUAUCUAGUGAGUCAGGGAGCUGAUCCAGACGAGAUUGGACUAAUGAAUAUAGAUGAACAACUUCCAGUCCUAGAGUACCCUCAGCCUGGUCUGGACAUCAUCAAGGAACUGACAUCUCCUCGCCUUAUAAAAAGCCACCUACCAUAUCGGUUCUUGCCUUCAGAUCUCCAUAAUGGCAAUUCAAAGGUAAUAUACAUGGCUCGCAACCCCAAAGACCUGGUGGUGUCUUAUUACCAGUUUCACAGAUCCCUAAGGACCAUGAGCUACAGAGGAACAUUUCAGGAGUUCUGCAGAAGGUUUAUGAAUGACAAGUUAGGAUAUGGUUCGUGGUUUGAACAUGUGCAAGAGUUUUGGGAACAUCACAUGGAUGCCAAUGUACUUUUCCUCAAGUAUGAAGAUAUGCAUAAGGACCUAGCAACAAUGGUUGAGCAACUGGUGAGGUUCUUGGGAGUUUCUUACGACAAAGCACAGUUGGAAUCCAUGGUGGAACACUGCCAUCAGCUCAUUGAUCAGUGCUGUAAUGCAGAAGCACUUCCUGUUGGCAGGGCACAUUGAUCUUUGCUCUGAAGAUAACCCUGAGCUGCUGUGAAAGCAGAACAAUGGUUAGAUAUGUUACUUAUAUUUGACUCUUAUCACAUCAUAAUUUACACAGUUGCAUGAUUCAAAUCAUAAACCAGGUGGGUGACUUUUUGACAAGCUAUCAAUUCAUGUGGUAGGAAAAAAAGAUGUUACAAAUAAUCCACUGCGUAUGUCCUUUAUAAAACUUGUCAUUUGUCCAUACUUCUUGUUAGGGAGAUUCAGAAAUAAAAGGCUUAUCUUUCCCAAAGCAAAGGAAGAAAGUGUUUUGUUAUUGAAAGGGAAAUACAGGCUUUUGUGUUUCAUGCUGUACUUUAUGCAAUGAUGUUUGCCAGAGCAAAAUUUAAAUCAGUAUGAGUUGUUUAUGGUUGCAAAUGUUUUCUCAAUGUUUGGGUUUUUUUUUAAAUACAGGAGAAAUUUGGUGAAAACAAUAAAUGAUGCAUUUUCAGUCAGUUUCAGGUUCUUUUGAUCGCUAGAUCUUGAAAACAAACUAGAAUGCUAUCAUACUGACAGGAGUUGUAGGAAAAUCCUGAUCUCUUAAAAUGGCCCUUGUCAUACAUACCACACCAUCGUGUUAAUAUGUAAUUUGUAGAUUUUUCAGACAGUUUUGUCUUGGACUCAGUCACAGAGUUGCUGCAUAAAAGCGUAAUGGUAAUUAAAUUAAAUGGGUAUUCUUCUUAUGCAUCAAAUGCAUAAUUAAGCUCCCUGCGUGUAGUUUUGUUCUUGCUGUUAUGAUUAAACUCUCUGGUAGCACAGUCCCAAUUCUCCUUUCAUUUAUUCCAGUUGAACAAGCCUGGAUUUUGUCUUUAUUUAUAUUCAACAUAAAUGAGAAGAGAAUUGAGCCUUUCAGUCUGGUUACUCCAUGGGGCUUAUUCAUCAGCAAGUAAACCUAGCUGACUUUGAGUUAGAUAAAUUUUGGACUGCAGUGAAACAGUUGUUAAGGGGGCCACAGCCUUUGACUAGUAGGUUCAGCAGUGUCAUCAGGUUAGGUUACUAGUUGGAUUCAGUAGAGCAGAUGGAUACUUCAUACAAGGAAAUAAUGUUAAGUGUCCAUAUUGCAUCCACCAAAAGCUUCCUAUUCCUCGUGUACAAAAUUAGAAUUUAAAUGGCACAAACUGGGUGCAUGGCACUCACUCUCUUCUUAGAUUUAAUCUAGGCACUCAUAUUUAACAAACAAUUCUGUCUGUAUUGGGAAACAAAUUCAUCUGUUGAAUUUAUCUUUAAACAUAAAAUUAAAGAAAUUAAUAAUGAUAAUACCACAUCUCAAUAAUCAGUUUGAGACUGAGUGUUCCUUGUACCUUUUGGAUAGUUCUCUAACCAGCGUAUGCUGAAGGCACGGUAAUUUUCAAAUGAAUUUGUGGUAGCUGUUGGAAUUACUGACAACCAUAGUUUGCACUGAAGCCAGAAAGCCACUUUUUAAAAUGAGUACCCGUAUAAAAAUAUGUAUCCAUUUCUGAUGGUGAGUAAAACAUCACGAAGAUCUGAAUUCUUCCUUUGUAAAAUACUCUCCUGGUGCAGCUGACAAGGUGUAGGGUACUUUUUUCAAGAUUUUGCAAGGGUUUGUAACAAGGGAGUUGGGUCAGACAAUGAAGAGCCUUAGGUCUCACUGAGCUUUGAAAGUUAAGGCCAAUUAACAUCUCCCAGAUGAUACUUGGUGCCUUGCACAAUUAAGACUGUAGACGUUUGGCAUCCUGUCGUGUCCACGCUCUGACUUGUGUUCCC